AUGACCUUUUUGACUCUCGGAAUCAGGCAUACAUGCUGCGAAGGCUUUUGCCUCCUCCGAAGUCCAUCAUAUGAGAUAGGUUUCGGCAGAACCUACGACGACGAAGACUUCCAGGAGUUCAGAACAGAAGAUGAGCAUCUCACUCAAAUAUUGGAGGAUCUAAUGGUAGAGUUUCAAGCAUCUUUCGACGCUUGGGGUUGUGCCUUGCCUGAGUUUUUGAUACAUUCUUGGAAACCACGUAUGUACGAAGUACUAAGUGAGCUGGAUGGAAGCUUUGUUUCUGAGGAACAGAGAACAGAGUUGCAGAACAUUGGGAUAGUCUUAACAGAAGAAUCCGAGCGAAUUCCAGAGGUAGUGCUCCCUGAGAUUGAGGUGGCCGACGACUACAAGAUGGAGAACGACUUGGAAUACUGGCUUCGGCAUAUGGACAAGAUCAUGGAGGAAUGA